AUGGCAACCCGCACCUCAUCUCGUCACGCUGCGCAAAAGGCGAAAGAGGCCAUGGCAGCUGCCCCAGAUACUAAGAGAAGAGUAUCAGUUGGCACAAAGCGCAAAGGCUCUAAUGAGAAGGCCCCUGAGCCAAAGAGGGAAAAGAAGGAAACAGAGAAGAAAGCCGAACAGGCUGAGGGCCUUCAGCAAGUGCCUGAGAGAGUAGAAGCUGAUGAGAAACCGGAAGCACAGCCGGAAGAAACGCCUGCAGCGGCCCCUGAUGUAAAACAUGAGGUGACACUUCAAGAGAAGCCGGAGGAGACACAAAAGGAGAAACAAGAAAAGCCCCGGGACGAACCAGUGGAAGGACCAACGGGAAAAACAGAAGAAAAGCCGGAUGGCACUUCAAUCAAUGGAACAGAGGCUGGGAUGACGAAGACUGAGGAACGAGAGGACAUCGUUCCUUCGAAUGUCAUCGAGAAAGGUCUAAUUUAUUUCUUCUACCGCAGCCGAGUGAAUGUCCCGGAGGCACAUAGUAUGCAGGAUGUGGCGCGAAGCUUUUUUAUCCUACGCCCAACACCCCUGGGAUCAGCCGUGGACCGUGAACAGGGUGCAGCGGAUACUGGUGCGACGUGCCGGUUGUUGAUGUUGCCGAAGAAGAAGUACCCACGCUCAGGAAGGGAGAGAGAAAUGGGAUUCGUCGAGAAAGCCGGCAUUUCAAUGAAAAAGCUGCAGGACACCUUUAUUCCUGGUGAUUCCUACGAGACGUCCACUCGCGGCACACGAGAAGUCCCAGAGGCAAAACCCUAUGCGGAGGGUGUUUAUGCCAUUACCACUACUAAACGGGCAACUCAUCUUGUCUACCACAUCACGCUCCCAGAGAAGGCUGGGGAGAUCCAGGAGGAUUUCGGACUCAGUGAUCGUGGUAGCUGGCUCAUGCAGUCCAAGAACCCUAAGCUCCCAGGCCCGCCCUUUGCCCGUCUUCCGCAGGAGCCUGAGUUCCCUGAGAGCAUCCAACAGAAAUUCCGAAACCUUCGCUGGAUCCCAACCGAACCUGAGUUACUUGACUACCCGAAUGCACAGUUUCUGAUAAUAGGCUCAUCAACCGGCAACCUUGGAAAAGCAGCGACUGCAGAGCCAGGCGAUAAGCGACCAGAGGAGGAAGAGCCUGGAGAAGAAAUAAUCAAGAUGGAGGAUGAGAAUGAGGACAGAAUCGAGGCCCUGGGUGGUGAUCACGCGAUCUACAAAGAUCUAGGGUAUCAUGCCCAGGAGAAAUAUUCCAAACUGGAGACAACUUGGGAUGUAAAACAGGAGGAAUAA